AUGCUCCAACACUCGACUACACCUUCAGACAUGAGCUGGACCAUACCAGCCUCAACAUACAUCGUCCCGGAUACGGAAAUCCAGACAGAGACAGAAGCCAUCAUCGCCGUCACUCGGGGCUUCCUUGCCGCACUGAGUGCAAAGUCACGCGUCGACUUUGAAAAGCAUUGUGUUCGCGCCGGCGGGAUGACCCUCUCGCCUCCGUCACCUACAGCUCUUCGAUUCUGCACAAUCGGUUCGUUCAUCGAGUAUAUGGCGACGUUGAAAGACGAUAUUGACGAGCGCAUUUGGGAUCCCGAGGUCAAGAUCCACGAGGCGGGCAAUCUUGCUGCGGUGUGGGCGCCAUUUCGGGCAAAGAUCAAUGGGGUUGUGGACCAUGUUGGUGUUGAACUGUUUGUACUGCAUAAAUUGAAUGGCGAGUGGAAGGUUACUGGACUGGCGGAUUCUUGUCGACGACCGACUGUCGAGGAAAUGGGGAUGGAGUGA